GUCCGCUAAGGCUAGUUGACUUUCAACAGUUGACGGUGGACUGGAAGCUCUGUGACGCAGUUGAAUGGCCUGUUAGACACAUUGUACCUUAUUUAAUUUGUUAGGAAAGCAUGAAUUUCUUCAGAUCUCGCCUUUCCAUUGGCAAGUUUUUAGGUCAGAGGUGCAGGCAGACUGCUGACACAUGGAGCCACAGAGGGAUGUGCAAUAAACCACAGGAGGUCAAAGCAGAGCCUCCUCGACCUGCAGCUCCAGCACCAGCCACUCAUACUGGUUUCAGAAUCCCAGACUUCAGACCGUCAGAAUGGGACAAGAGGAUACUGAUUUGGUCAGGACGCUUUAAGACAGCUGACCAGAUACCAGAGUUCGUAUCGUUUGCAAUGAUUGAUGCUGCCAGAAACCGAGUCAGAGUGAAAGCCUGCUAUGUGAUGAUGGGUCUCACUGUGAUGGCCUGUCUGUUGAUGAUCUACUCGGGCAAACAGGCUGCAGGCAGGCAAGAGACCUUGACACGCUACAACUUGGAGAAGAAAGCUAAAUGGAAGGAGGAACUACAGAAUGAGAAGGCAGCUGCUGUUGCCCUGUCUGAGAAGACUCAGUGAUGGAGAAGAACUAGUCCCUACACAGCCGUGACAUUUUCACUAAAUAUUAGGCCUCCAGUGUCCCCCUUCUUGCUAUAUUAUGCAUCACAACCUCAGAGCGCUCCACUCCCAUCCUUCAGAGCAGCCAAGAGAGCAGUUAUUUAGAGUAUGAACUGUAAGGUUUGAUCUAUUAAUGUUAUAAGCUGGCACCUGUUUCACAAAAAGGUUUGUGCUGGUAGUAUUUGGUCACCUCACAUUUGAGGAAAGUAGAAACCAGAGUAUGAUAUAACCUGGUACUGUAAAGGGGGUUUAUGAUUUCUGUAAUAUUCUUUACAUGGCUAAAUAACAGACAUGUUAAUUUUUAUUUUGCAUUGAGUUUAAAGAGAGAUUUUUCUAUCCUGGGCUCCAUAUUUAUAUUAAGCCUCUUCAGUGGUUUCUCCAGUUUUCUUACAUCAACAUCAAGUGGUGGAUCAGGCAUGAUCCAUGUAGACAGUGGGCUGUCUUGUCCUGAUACUCAUGUAAUUAGAUUAGAUAGUUUGUGACAUCCAUGUUUGUAUAUAGUCAGCACCAAAACAUCAAUUAAAUAAAGCAGUGCCUCUUGAAAA